AUGCCAAUGCUACUAUUAUUUGUAAAUAUAUGGCAACUAAGAGAUCAAUCAAAAGGAGUAUUGAGAAUAACUUUAAAUGGAAAUGAAACAUUAUUGAGAUAUCCAUGCCAAAAUACACAUGAUUGCACAUAUUAUUUUUCAAAAUUAGAACCUGGAUAUUAUUUAAUAGAAUUAUGGGGGGCAAAUGGGGGUGGAAGUUACACUAAUGGAAAAUUUUAUGACGGAAGAGGUAUUGGAGGAUAUUCACGAGGUGUUAUGCAGCUAAAUUACCCUUCAGAUGUAUAUGUUUAUAUUGGAGGAAAAGGAGAAAAUGGAAAAAAUCCAUCUACUAUAGAAGUUUAUGGUGGUUUUAAUGGCGGAGGGAAUAGUCCGAGAGAUAACGAUAAUGACUCAGAUGAUCAAGGAGGUGGUGGUGGAGGGGCAACAGAUAUUAGAGUCAAUGGAACAUCCUAUAUUAAUAGAAUUAUUAUUGCAGGCGGUGCUGGGGAAAAUGGAUUUGACACAGGAUAUUACGAUUUAUCCCCUUCUUAUGGUGGAGGAUUUACUGGAUCGCCACCAAUUGAAAACAAUGGUAAUGGUAUUUCAUAUGGAGUUUCUGCAGAUCAAAAUCGUGGUUAUUCAUUUGGUGAGGGACAAAACGGAGUACACACGGGAGGAACAUCGGGUGGUGGUGGGCUUUUUGGAGGUUAUACAAUAAAAGGUGAAGUAGGAGGUCAAGGAGGUGGUGGGUCUGGAUAUAUUGGGGGAGUUAUUUCAUACAAAAAUAUAAUUCCUACAACAAUCCCUGGUAAUAGUAAUUUUCCUUCGAAACCAUGUAAUGAUAAAAAUGGUUGUGCUAGAAUCACGCUUAUAGAGUAUAUUAAACGCAAAGAGAAACCAAUUAGAUCAUGCCCAGAAACAGUUCCACGUUUUGCAUGUAGAUUUAAUAUAAGACAUCGCUAA